UUGGAUAAAGGUGCCUUAUCUUCAAAGAUAACAAUACAGAGCACGAGAGCUCUGUCUUGUGCAGUACUAGUGUGGGACAGAAAAUCUUGUCAAUAUUUUGGUGCAAUUAAAGUUUUAAAUUUAUUACACGGGCUAAAAGUGUAGUGACAUCAGUAAACAGUGCUUUUCUAAAGGUUGGAGAAUAUAUUUAAAGAUACAAGCUACAUAUAUUAAGGAGAAUUGAUAAUGAAAAUGAAAUAAUACGAAUAAGUGAUAGCCAAUAUUUGUGUUUAUUUGUUUUGUCUGAUAGAACAUUAUACAGUGAAAUUUUAAGCGCAGAAAAAUUUUUCGAUGAUAAAAUAAUAAAUGCAAAUAUUGCAAAUCAAGAUGCAGUGUCUUAAAUAACACCGAAGAAUUCAGUGUGUGAAAUUUGAUCUUUAAGAUAAAUAGUACACCGAGAUCAGAGAAAAUGAACUACGAUCAAGGAGAAUCUAGACGAGGCAGUCGAAAUAGGGCUUUGGAAAGAUCUCUAAGCUAUUCCGAAGCUAUAGGUAAUGGCUCUGGUAGAUCAUCAAUCGAGAUCCCUAACAAUAUCGUCCUAACAGAUGUCUACGCUAAUGAAGAACUAAAGAAACACUAUAGAAUAUCACAAACAUAUGUAGAAGGUAAGGAAAUAUCCUUUCCUUCUGUUGUGACUAAUGUGGAUUCGAAGAAUCAUUUGAGGAUUCCCAUAGUAGAAUCAUCACAGGACUCUUCUAUAUAUUCAAGUGAGGAUGAGCAUACAGAUCAUGGUUUGGUGAUGACUAUUGAUGUCGAAGAUAAACCUAGUAGUCCAAAAGACUCUGAUGUAACGAAGCCACUAUCAGAACAGUCUACCUUACCUAUUGCAUCAGAUACUACUACAACCAAUCACAUAUAUGAUACGAUUGAUACUAUUGAGACUUUAGAUACGCCGGAUAGUUUGUUUGAUGGACGAGAGACCACGUAUGGACCGUCAGCUCAUGCGUAUUCUACGCCCUACAGUCGGAGGAAGAAGAUAAUAACACAUAGGCAGCGACACGGCAGACCGAAGAGAUCCAGACGGGUCGUGCUUAAGUCUGGAGAAGAAAAUGUACCAGUGAGGAGCAACAUUUCUGCUAAAUCCAUCAAAUAUAUGAGGGAUAUUGUUACCACUGUGAUCAACAGCAAAUGGCGUUUCAUUCUUCUUAUGAUGGUGGCUGCCCACUUCAUUUUCUGGUUGGUCUUCGCGGCCAUCUGGUAUGCGGUGUCCACCUCCUACCAGGAAGACAUAGGCGAUGGGAAGGAGCACUGCGUUACUGGCACCAAGUCUUUCGCUGGACUUCUCAUGAUGUCCGUUGAAACUCAGAUGACCAUAGGAUAUGGAACUCGGUUUCCGAAUGAAGAAUGUCCUGAAGCUAUCAUCAUUAUGGUUUUGGAGAUAGUAGCUGGCACUGCUCUCUCAGGUGGUCUUUCCAGUUUGCUGUUCACAAAGCUGAUCAGACCAAACCGACAUGUGAACUCUGUUGGGUUCAGUAGGAAGGCUGCGGUGUGCCGCCGAGACGGAGAGCUGUGCCUGCAGUUCAGGGUUUGGGAUCUGAUGAACGUACACAUUAUAGGAAGCAGCAUCACCGCCUACAUGUUGAAACCCAUCAGAACUCUAGAAGGAGAGCUGGUCCACAACUACAUGCACCAGCUGGAGCUGAAGGAGUCGCGAGCUUUCCUUCUGUGGCCCAUCACAGUGGUGCACGUCAUCAACCGACGGAGCCCGCUCUACGACUUCUCUGCCCAAGACAUGAUGGAUUAUAGAUUCGAGAUCGUGGUCUGUUUGACUGGUGCAUCGAAGAACAUGGGAACUACCACACAGAGCAGAACCUCCUACCUCUCUAAGGAAAUCAUGUGGGGAUACCGGUUCAAAAAUGUUGUGCACUACAGCAAGAAGGAAGAAGCCUACAAGAUUGACGUCGACAACCUCAACUCGGUGGAACAGGUGGAAACUCCACUCUGCAGCGCCAGCGUCAUGAAGGACCUUGAGGAAGACUUGAAGGCAUCCACCAAUAUUCUCUAUACCCCUAAUAUGUCAGCUUCUCCUACUGACCUCUCUAUUCCUGAGGACUCCUCCACUCUCUCUCGACAGGGAGACUCGAUUCCUUCUUCCCCAUCUCUUAAUAGGACGGGAACGCAGAGAAGUUUUGGAUGGAACUUCAAGAGAUUUAGGCCGGAGAAGUACGUGAAGACUUUGGAGAAGAAAGAGUAGUUUACAGAAGUAUUUUGUUUUAAGUAGCUUUUGUUCCGAAGACUAUUAUUUGAUAUAGGCUAUAACAUAUUUGUAAUUAUAUCUUUUUACGUUUAGUAGUUCUGUAUAUUUAAGUAACAAACUUAUUGAAAAAUUUGCUUAUUUAGAAGCUGUAGGAUUACUCUCUAUGUUGUUAUCAUCAAUGACUUCUUUCACCCUGAAUGAGCCCUGAAUUAGUGUCAUUCUCUGACUAUAAAC